AUGGCCGGUGUCGCCAAAUUAUUCGAUGGACAUAUUCUGAAUAGUUCAAAUGAAGAAGUCGAUCUUAAUGAUGCAAAAUAUCAAGGCAAAGUCAUCGCUCUUUAUUUCAGUGCACAUUGGUGUCCACCGUGUCGUGGAUUUACACCAACGUUAACUGAAUUCUAUAAAACACAUGCAAAAGAGAAAAACUUUGAGAUUAUAUUUAUUAGUUCUGAUCGCGAUGAACGAGCAUUUAACGAAUAUUGUAAAGAUAUGCCGUGGUUAAAAUUACUGUACAGUGAACGAAAAAAGAAAGAAGAAUUAGGAAAGAAAUUUCAAAUCACUGGUAUUCCAACGUUAAUUUUACUUGAUGCAGAUUCAGGAGAUGUUCUUUGUAAAGAUGCACGAGAUCGAAUUCAACAUCGAGAUCCACGUGGAGAAUUUUUUCCAUGGAAAACUUUAUAA